AUGGGUGCGGUUAAUGCCCAAGAUGAUUUGACUCGUCGGCGUGAGCGAGGCCGGCGCUCGCAGGCAGCUUUCCGUAAGCGACAGGCCAAGUCUGUUCAAACUUUAUCAGUUCAGAAUGACCUUCUUAAGAAAAGCAUUCAAGCUGCAAUUAACACGGCUCAUGAAGACGAUCGACCUGAGAUGCUUUGUGCUCUGCGUGAUUUAGCAGAGGUUGCAGAGCUAGAUGUUCCAUCAACUCUCGCAGUAGAAACGAUAGCACAUCAGAAAGACAGACUCCCAGAAGAGCCUAUCACGAAUAUAAACUCCAGUAGGGUGGUUGACACAUGGGAUGUUUCCCUUUCACUCGGUCCUUCACCCGCUACGCAGUAUCGUCUGGAUUGUGGCGUAUGGCUCGACCCGCUGCAUUACUUGCGCGUCUCCCUGCCUCCUCAAGAUAUCCUUCCAUACUUGGGCCCUGGGGCUGAGUCAUUCGCUGGGAUUCUAUUCUGGUCAGUGAUGGAGCAUAGCCAGAGCGGAUGCGCUCGACACGGCCCUGAGACACUCAUCAAGACAGGUCUCGGCCACUCCGGCCCGACAAAAAGCAUCGCGCCGUCGUUUGUCCAAACUAUGGCCAAAGCAAGAAUCGAGUACAAACAAACCGGUUCCAUCAGUCAAGCGCAUGCAGUGGCCGCAGAAGAUGAUCUAGGGCUGGUGUUAUGUAAGCUUGUCGAAGCCGACUACCGUUCUCAAGGCAAAGAUCCCGACCAGUGGCUGUCAUGCGUCGCUAUCGAGCAGCGAGUAAAAAGCAAAAUCGGUCAUUCUGCUUUUAGCACUCUUACUGAAGUUGCUCUGGGUCACACAGAUGGACUCUUGCAGUAUCUGUUAGACGAGGUUCAGUGCAAGCUCUAUGAUACAUCAGUUUGCUUUGGGGAUGGGCCGCGCUGGGACAUCAAGAUAGUAGAUGAUUUAUUUGCCACGCUGAUCGGACAUGCAUUGGGGAUGAGUAAAAAUGUGUGUGAUUAG